GCCGGCCAGCCCAUCGCCACACCACCUUCCUCUCACCAUCGAUUCUCUCCCCCUUUUCUCUGAGUCACAGCUGAGGAGAAAAAAGAAAAAGAUUUCAGGAGAAAAGGGGGAGAAGACAAGAGGCUGCCUCCCCUGCUUCCAGGUCGGGGCUCCGUCUUGCUCCCCUUCCUCCCACCCAUGGCUCCGAGGUGGGCCCCGCCCGCCGGCCUCGUGCUUCUGAUGCUGCUCCUAACGCCGGCGGCGGUGCGCGGGGACAAGCUACUGAGGGGCGGGCCGUCCGGCGCGGGCAAGGAGCCGGAGGCGUCCUCCGCCGUCUUCCCGCUCUACGGCGACGUCUACCCGCACGGCUUGUACUACGUGGCCAUGAACAUCGGGAACCCGCCGAGGCCAUACUUCCUGGACGUCGACACCGGCAGCGACCUCACCUGGCUGCAGUGCGACGCGCCCUGCAUCAGCUGCAACAAGGUGCCACACCCACUAUACCGACCAACAAAGAGCAAGCUGGUGCCAUGUGUGGAUCAGUUGUGUGCAUCUCUCCAUGGUGAACUAACUGGCAGGCACAAGUGUGACUCACCGCAUCAGCAAUGUGACUAUGAGAUUAGGUAUGCUGAUCAGGGGUCAUCCAUUGGUGUGCUCGUCAAUGACAGCUUUGCUCUGCGACUUGCAAACUCCUCCGUUGUCCGCCCCAGUCUGGCAUUCGGGUGUGGGUAUGACCAACAAGUUGGCAGCAGCAGUGAGGUGGCACCCACUGAUGGAGUGCUUGGGCUUGGGACUGGAUCAGUUAGUUUGCUCUCGCAGCUCAAGCAGCAUGGGAUCACCAAGAACGUUGUUGGCCACUGCCUCAGUUUAAGAGGAGGGGGUUUCCUCUUCUUUGGGGAUGAUCUUGUGCCUUAUUCGCGUGCAACAUGGACUCCCAUGGCUCGCAGUGCAUUCCGGAAUUACUACUCCCCUGGUUCAGCAAGUCUGUACUUUGGUGGCCGGUCACUAGGCGUGAGGCCAAUGGAAGUGGUCUUUGACAGCGGCAGCUCAUUCACGUACUUUGCUGCACAGCCAUAUCAAGCACUUGUCACUGCGCUUAAGGGUGACCUAAGCAGGACGCUGAAAGAGGUAUCUGACCCCUCCCUGCCUCUGUGCUGGAAAGGGAAGAAACCAUUCAAAUCUGUGCUUGACGUGAAAAAGGAGUUCAAAUCAAUUGUUUUGACCUUUGCCAAUGGAAAGAAGGCGCUCAUGGAGAUCCAGCCUGAAAACUACCUCAUUGUCACUAAAUAUGGGAAUGCAUGUUUGGGCAUCCUCAAUGGAUCAGAAGUUGGUCUCAAGGAUCUGAACAUUCUUGGAGACGUCACAAUGCAAGAUCAGAUGGUGAUUUAUGACAACGAGAGAGGGCAAAUUGGAUGGAUUCGUGCACCCUGUGAUAGAAUCCCCAACGACAAUACCAUUCAUGGAUUUGAGGAAGGUUAUUGUUGGCCUCAAUUCCCUGGGAUCAUUGGUCUUCCGAAUGAAGAUUGCCCAGCCUAUUACGGCUCAAAUAAAGCGUGAUUACCAAGGGAAGGUCACUGCUCACUAGAGUGAUGAAAGACUAGAAGGAUGGUCAUCCGGGGGAGGCUGAACAAAGGGUUAGGAACAUGUAUUCUUUAGGAAAAAGAAAAGGAAAAGCUAGUCGCAUGUAACAUCAUAAUGUUCAUAUGAAAUAGAAUGAUCGCCUUAUUAUGAGACACUGGCUCAUAUUCAGUAUAUAAUCUUUUCGAGUUUUUCUUUGUGUAUUC